AUGUGUCAGUCCGUCACCUACAAGUACCAGUGUGGACACAAGGUGACCACGUUGUUUCGGUGCAGCCAAGGCAGGAAAAUCACAAAACUUGCUCCAGGGGCCAGUGCCGGCUUCGACCCGCGGGCUGGCACAACCCUGUCCUUCAGCCGGGCUGUCCGGGCUUUGCGGCCAAGGAGCACGCAUAAAGGGAAAAAGAACUCCGGAGCGCCGGUGCCUUGUAAGAGAUUUGAGAGCAGCAUCGACGAAGUCUGCCCCGAUUGUGAGAAGGAGAAGGAGAACAGCGGAAGAAGCGAUGAGCAGCUGAUUGACUUUUUCAACAACACCGGACCCGGCCUUUCUCGCAACCAGGGUCUCCAUGACCUUUCCUUGAAUGACAACAGCGCGAUGCACAAUUCCGAAUUCGAGCAAUCCGGGCUCGGCGCCGCCUUUGCCGAGACACAUGCAGAGAUGCUCGAUGCCGAGCUCGCUCAAAUGUUGACGGGCAACACAGGCAUACAGAACAUUACGGGACCGAUGCAGCCCCUAUAUGCAGCAGCAUUUCGGUUUUGA